ACUUUUGGUUGUGGAGCGCUUGUUUCCCCUCCUGCAUGCUUAGCGUCCGAUGCGAACGCCAUCUCUGAAAUUUGAUGUUGAGAAUAAAGAACAGAACUCAUUAACGGUUUGCCAAUCCGCUGAUCUGCAGGAACUCCCUGGAGGUACAUGGUCCUCGAUGAAUUCAGCAUCCCGCGUUCUUAUUUAGCCCUGACCUUAAGCCUCGCGCCGUGUUAAGGACUCAACGGGGUGAUACGGCAGCUACAUCGAGGCAGAACGGCUGGCAGAUGAUGGUUGACCGCAUAAUUUCCGAGGCGAAGUCAGCAUGAGGCGGAAUACGCGCCUGGACACCUCCAAUACGGAGCAGCCGUCUAGAUAUUCGUUCCUCGAGACCCCAAUGGAGAUGCGCGCCCCAAUUGGUAUAUCGGACAGGCAGAACUCACCACCUCCACCACCUGUUCCUCCUAUUAAUCCGAACCCAAUGCAAACAGGACAGCUGAAUCCGAAUCCACCAAACGAAAAAGAACACGAACAAGAGUACUUGCGACAGCUCCAGUUGCAACAGCAGCGCGCAGCCACUCCAUACGAUGGGCCUCCACCGCUGGAACAACAUCCGGCGCAUUUCGCACCGUAUGCAGAUGACAUCGAGUCGCCAGUCGAGAGGCCAGUCGCGCCGACACAGCAACCUGAGGUCCGGCCACCGAAUUCUCCAGGGCCGGUUCCGAUCAAGUCAGUGCCAGUGGCCGAGCAACAGCCUCGACAAACGUCAGUUGAGCCGGAUUCCAACCCUCUACAGCAGCCUUUUUCUCCGGUGUCUCCUCUGUCUCCUCAUUCUGUGACUUCCCCGGUAGGCACAUUCCGGAACAUAAACCAUGGGCCAGCGCAGUCAGAUGAUAUCUAUGCAACCCAUCUGCCAGGCCAAAUCUCGCAUCCCAACCAAGAGGUCAAGGGAGGAACAUGGAGCCAUGGCAUGUGCGACUGCUCCGAUGUGGGAACCUGCUGUCUUGGGCUGUUAUGUCCCUGUAUUUUAUACGGGAGAACGCAGUAUCGCUUAGAUAUGAAAUCAAGAAAGGAGGAUCCGACAAAUUUGUUAGCAUAUGAGAAGUGCAAUGGCUCGUGCACCGUCAUGGCACUUCUCUGUGGAUGCCAAUGGCUCCUUGCAACUAUCCAACAUAGCCGAACCCGAAAAGCAUACCGCAUAAAAGGUAAUGUCGCUUCUGACUGUAUCCGGGCGUCAUGCUGUACUUGCUGUACUCUUAUUCAGGACGAGCGGGAGAUAAAGAAAAGAGAAGAACACCGAAGCAGAGCCGUUCGAGCAGCAAGCGCACACCUGGUUUCGCCAUAUACCGUACCUACACAGAUGUCAUACCCACCACCUCCUAGAUAAAAGUCUAGGAGAGUAGGGGUUUACCAUGGAAUUUUCUUUUUUUCUUUUUUUUUUUUUGCCCCCCAUCACGUACUUGCCACUGCUGCAGCAGACAACAUUCGUCUCAUUUAGCGCUCGGAUUAUGUUUGUAUUUAUAUGGUCGCUAUAUACCCCUCUGUCUAUUCCUUCCAUCGAGCUGGUUAUCUCCAGCACCCCUAUAUCAUUAUUCACAAGGAAAUUGGAAUUCUUUGCAUACUCUAUCUCGACAGGACAAUUGUUCU